UCCGCAGAAGUCCACAAGGAGGCUGGAUUUCUGCUGUCUCGCGCCUCCCCUUUCAGUGCUGAGAGAAGCGCGCGUGCUGAGCGCUUGCAUUGCACAGCCAGGAGCGCUCGCGGUCGCUGCCGUCCCCCUCUCCUGUGGCGCCCAUGACUUGUGCAUGACCGCAGACCGACGGAUGCUCUUCUUCUGCUCAGCCUGUGUGAAUGCAAUGCUUUUGCGUCCUCUUCGCCCCUUCCCUUCGCUCUGGUGUCUGAAGUUCCGAUGAUGCGGAGUCUCACAUCUGGGGACGUGUAGCGCUGCGCUCGGGCUUGUGCCGUUUCCUUUUCCACACAACAGUCCGCAUUCUGAAAGCGAACGAGAAACAUGGACUAACCUGGUUCGCAUUCACGAUGGGAUUAUUAAGACUUUCCUUUGUGUUCUGUGUAUUUUUCAUCUUUUCAGUUUUGGGUUUCGGGGUCGAUCCUGCGUUGCGCAUCAGCGUGUUCGAUGAACUGAAGCUGGGCGAGUCUUUCGCUGGAGUUUCCCAAGUCCCGGGUUUCCACAACGAGAGCAGAGCUUUUCUCUUCCAAGACACGGCGCGCAGCGUUAAGGCCCCCGCGGACGUGGCGGAGCGGAUGCUGCAGAAGCUGCGACGCAGCACUGAGUUCACCAUCCUGGCCACGCUGAAGCAGGAGCAGCUCAACUCCGGCGUCAUCCUGUCCAUCCACCACUCCGACCAGAGGUUCCUGGAGCUGGAGAGCAGCGGCCAGCGCAACGAGAUCCGGCUCCACUACCGCACCCAGGGCCAGCAGCCUCACAGCGAGGUCUUCCCCUACACCCUGGCUGACAGCCAGUGGCACAAGCUGUCCAUCGCUGUCAGCGCCUCCCACGUCCUGCUGCACGUGGACUGCAACAGGAUUUACGAGCGAGUGGUGGAGGCGCCUUCCAUGGACUUUCCGGCAGAGACGUCCUUCUGGCUCGGACAGAGGAACAGCGCCCACGGCUUCUUCAAGGGGAUAAUGCAGGAUGUUCAGUUGCUUGUCAUGCCCCAGGGAUACAUUUCACAGUGCCCAGACCUGAACCGCACUUGCCCCACUUGCAAUGAUUUCCACGGACUUGUGCAGAAGAUAAUGGAACUGCAGGACAUCUUAGCCAAAACAUCCAGCAAGCUGUCUAUGGCGGAGGAGAAGAUGAAUGGCCUGGAUAGAUGCUAUUGUGAGAGGACCUGCAGCAUGAAGGGGGAGGUAUACAGGGAGGACGAGUCCUGGACAGAUGGCUGCAGGAACUGCACUUGCACGAACGGCACGGUGAGGUGCGAGACCAUAUCCUGCCCCCCUGUGCAGUGCCCGCCGGACUCCGCACCCGCCUACGCCGAUGGAGCGUGCUGCAGAGAGUGCCAGCCUGUGUGCUUGUUUAGUGGGAGGGUGUAUGUGGAGGGCGAUAAGAAGGCAGUGAGAGACUCUUCUGGAAAGUGUUUACUGUUUGAAUGCGCGGACCGGACGAUGCGUCGGGUGGUGACCUCUCCCUGCCCCGAGCUGAACUGUCCUGAAUCGGAGCAGAUCACCCUCACUGACAGAUGCUGCAAAGUGUGCAGAGGUCAUGACUUCUGCGCUGAGGGGCACAGCUGUAUGGAGAACUCUGACUGCAUCAACCUGGAGGCAGGCGCCUGUUGCAGCUGUAAGGACGGCUUCCGCGCUCUCCGCGACGACAGCGCAUACUGUGAAGAUGUGGACGAGUGUGCGGAGGGGAAGCACUACUGCAGGGAGAACACCAUGUGCGUCAACACCCCCGGCUCCUUCAUGUGCAUCUGCCACAGCGGCUACAUCCGCAUCGAUGACUACUCCUGCACAGAGCAUGACGAGUGUGCGAGUGGACAGCACAGCUGCGAUGAGAACGCCCUCUGUUUCAACACCGUGGGGGGUCACAGCUGCUCCUGCAAGCCAGGCUACUCCGGCAACGGCACGCACUGCAAAGCUCUGUGUGAUGGUGUGUGUCAGAAUGGAGGCACCUGUAUUUCCCCAAAUACCUGCAUCUGCCAGCAAGGCUUUACUGGCAAGAAAUGUGAGAAAGACAUCGACGAGUGCGCGGACGGCUUCGUGGAGUGUGACAGCAGAGCUACCUGCAUUAACCUGCCAGGCUGGUACCACUGCGAGUGUCGGGACGGCUACCACGACAACGGGAUGUUCUCACCGAACGGCGAGUCCUGCGAAGACAUUGAUGAAUGCGGCACCGGGAGGAACAGCUGUGCCAACGACACCGUUUGCUUCAACCUGGACGGCGGCUACGACUGCAGGUGUCCCCACGGCAGGAACUGCACCGGGGACUGCGUCCACGACAGCAAGGUCAAGCACAACGGCCAGAUCUGGGUCCUAGAGAACGACAGGUGCUCUGUGUGCUCCUGCCAGAGUGGGCUGGUGUUGUGCCGCAGGAUGGUGUGUGACUGUGAGAACCCCACGGUGGACCUGUUCUGCUGCCCGGAGUGCGACCCCCGGCUCAGCAGCAAGUGCCUGCACCAGAACGGACUGCGGGCGUACGGCAGCGGGGACACCUGGGUGGAGAACUGCCAGCAGUGUCAGUGUCUGCAGGGGGAGGUGGACUGCUGGCCGCUGUCCUGCCCGCCGGUGGACUGCGAGUUCACGCUGGUCCCCGAGGGGGAGUGUUGUCCGCGCUGCGUCACCGACCCCUGCCAGGCCGACACCGUCCGCAACGACAUCACCAAGACUUGCACGGACGAGCACGGCGUCGUGCGCUUCAGCGGCUCCUCCUGGAUCAAACACGGCACCGAGUGCACCCUCUGCCAGUGCAAGAAUGGACACAUCUGCUGCUCAGUGGACCCCAUGUGCCUCUAGCCGCUGGGAGAAGCUCCAAGGCGUUUGUACAGUGCCAUCCACCAGAACUACGGUCUCCAUCCACAAACUUCUUUAUACCAAAUACAAACCUGUAUAUCAUACCAAACGGAUGAUGGACUGCCCGCCAGCUUCCGCCACGCGUCCGACAGCCCAGCUCCAGCUGGCCAUCUGCAUCCGGGAAAUCCAGUCCAUAUGAUACUCCGAUCUGUAAAAAGCACCUAUACUGGCAUGACUGUACUCAGUGUUGACUAUUUACUGAUUUUUAAACUCUGUCAAUUGUAAAGAUCUUAGUACCCUUGGUAGUGAAGAGUUCCAUAUGAGUUUAAGUAUCGUUUAAUUUCCUAACACGAUGGACCUUGUCCUUAUUUUGUUGUUUGGUAGCACUUUGUUCAUUUCUUGUUUAAUUUAUUC